CGCGCUUCAUGAAAGUUGCGUUGCGAAUGUGCAACUGAUGGUCGAGGAUAGGUCUAUUGAAGGUGGGAGCUUCUAAAUGUCGCAACCUUAUGUCCAUUUGGGAUGUCUAAGGCUUUGAGGAUGGUGCAGGAUAAAAUCAACCGGUCCAUAUCACAAGGGGGCUGAAAGAGGGAGCAAGUAAAAGAAAACACGAGGGGCAGAGUAGCCAAUAUUCAUGAAUGAAUGUUUAAGAAAGAGCAUUUAAUAGGUUAAAGAAAAUAAGUGUUAACAAGGUGUGAGUGGACAUACAACUGACAAAUGGAGGCGAUUCGGAAAGGAGCUGAGAGUAUGGGAUUAUGUGUGGUUACAAAAUAAAAUAUGGUGCUAGAAACAGUAUUGUGAUAUACAUUUGGCUAUCUUCCUUUUAUUAUCGAAGCUAUUAGAGCCCCUCUUAUUUCUUUGUAUGAUUUUUUUCCAGGUAUUAUAGGGUCUUGAGUAGGCUUGUAAUAGGAUUUCUGGAUAGGAAGUGAAGCUAAUUCAACGUCCGUAACACAAAGUUCAGUAUCAAGAACUGUUAGGUCAUUCUCAUUUCCAUUACGUUGUUUUCUGGACUUAUCAAGUUUUAAACAUAUACUGUGAGGUUCAGUAAAGUAGUCGGUAUCCCAGAUUAAUUUACGAAGAAACAAUCGAGAACCAUGUGCACUACAGGACAGAGAAAGCCCCAUUAGUGCUCUUCCUAAAAAUGUUGUGGUUUUGCUGUGACAAUAGAUCGCUUAAAUAUGAGGACACUUAAUGUUCGUGCAAACCGAUGUAUACCCAACACUAUCAGGAAUUGAAAUACGGACUGACCGCCACAUUUCGGGCCAUUCAAGGUCGUUUAAACGAAAUGGCGGGCAGCUCUGAGUGAACCUGACCUUUACCGUCCCGAUAAUAGCUUCUCACGUGCCUCGGCCCGUUUAGUCCAGAACAUAAAUAUGAAUCUACAACUACGCGCGCUUUUGAAGGUUGUAACCUUUUUUCACGUGGUAUUAUUUUAUUUUACAAUUAGUUUUUCUCUUUAAUUUAACACUUAAUAGCGAUAAAUAAUUCGUCACUGAUAGGGUUCUAUCAACUCGACACCUUAUUUAGGAACUCAACGUCAUAAAUUAAUCUUGCUAAUUUUCACGCUAUCUCUAUCACCAAUUAACGUUAAUAUAUUUACUCUUAACUAAUACUGGGUCUGAUCCUACCAUAAAACUUUACACGUUCACUAACUUAAAUUACAACUAUCGCCGUCCACCUAAUUAAACUUUGUAUUUACAUCACUUCCGAUAAUGUCCAGGCCAUCUAAAAAACAUAUAAUCUCUCCUGAUGCCUAUAGCACUUGCAAAAGAUCCAAAUCAGUCACUAAAGCGAAUAAUGUGAAACCUUAUAAACACACUGAUCAGUCUGCAUCCUACUCUGAUCUUCCCUCACCCACACUAAACGUGCACCGUUUACUUGGACAAGACAUAUCACUACCUUGCAUCUCGCUUGUCGAUAUAAAUAAUAGCAGUCACAUACCGUUAGAGUCGACAUCAUUUGUCAGUCCAAACAAAAGCACCACAUGUUGUGAGCAGUAUUUAGACAGUGCUGUUGACCCCAAACACCCAGCAAUCUCACAAUUGGCCAUCCUGAGUAGAGGCCCACGGAGUACAUGUAAGCCUGCCUACAAUAUCCAGCCCGAUGAUGUAGGUCUUGACUACUCACCCAGACAUAUACCCCAUCCCCCAACGAAGUGUGCACAAAGUGACCACCCGGUAGACACCUGCAACAGGCCUGUAUGUAACCAUAUCGACCUUAAAAACUUUGAUAUUAAUUCCAAUAAUCUCACCACUGGUAGAUCUAAAAGCAGCCAAACAGAACUUAGCCUCACUCAAACUAUUCAAGACCUAUUACCGUACAAAUAUUUAAUCAGUGUUCCAGAAAAUCCCGAUCUGGAAAUUAUAAAAAACACUGAGAAAGUAAUUGACCAUAUAUCAUCUGAAGUGUUGAAAAGACUUCAGUGUAUGCAGAAUGUCAUUGUGUAUAAUAUACCUGAUAGUACGAACAUAAAGAUUGCUAAAAAUACUCUACUACAAGAAUGUGGAUUGUCGCAAUCUUGGUGUGUAACAAGAAGAUUAUGUAAAGCACACACUAAAGCCUCCUGUCCCAUUCUAUUUCAGUUUGGUAGUACCAGUGAAGCUAAUCACCUCCUCAAUAGUCAGUCAUUACUGAGGCGUAUUCCAACAUUUAAAAAGAUUAGGAUCAUUCAUGACAGGACCGCUAUCCAGCGUCGAAUCUGCAAUGGAACACAAACUGAUCAACCCAGCUUACGUAGCCGCGGCAGUUACAGCUCUUGUCACUGCACAAAUCCUAAAAUAUCAUACACUGCCCCCCCCAAAAAAAAACGGAGGCACGUCGGACACUGCUAUUAGUCCCAAGGACAAGACCGCACAUAAAGCAGCUACAACCACUCAUCCUCAGCCCAAACACUCAGCUACCCCAAAAUGCCAAACCACUUAUGCCUCAAUAGCGUCCAAGUAUUACCCUAGUGGCCCCUAUAAAAUGCCCAAAAAUGAUCCUCCCAGGAAUUGCGCUAACAGCUACAGACUCUCAGACACCACUGUACGAAAUAAUACCAAACUCUCCGUAAAAACCCACCAAUACUCCAGCACCCCCAACCCAAAACAUGCACCUUCUCGUAGCAAUAGAAUGCCCUACAACAAACAUAGUGAACUGGCAACACCCACACGUGAUACCCAUAAGUCAUAUAGUGUCAACCUUGUAAGCCCCAUGAACCAACACAAAACUAUACACAACAGAAACACCUCUCCUGGCAACAAUAACAGGCAUUCCUCCAUUCCUUACCAGAAACAUACAACCUCCCCAACUAACCACAAUAGGACUAAAAUUGCCCACCGCACCCGAGGAAGCCAUAACGUUGGCCUACUUGGGAACCCACCUACUGAUUCUAGGUACUAUCUAAGUCAAGCCACCCAAUACAACGGCCUAGUCCCCUCUAAUUCGACAUACACACUAUCUCAUCCUUUUUUAUCUCUCUCCCCCUCAACAUUACUGCUAUGGGGUCUCCAAAUGUUGAGGGCGACAAUCCCACUAUUCUGAAACCAUCUAUAUACUCCGAUUUAAUGGGGAGUGGCACAUCCUACUCAACUUCGACAACUGUCUUUAGUCUUGAAAACUCCUUGACUGAACCCCCUGAUCAUUCCCCGGACACAUUACCUAACCAUUCAACUCUACCUUCCACUCUUAGACAUACUUCUUUCACCAAAACCACACCCGACUACCCUUCUUGCAUUAACCCUACUGGUAAUAAACUAAACGCUCAUCAAUAUGGAGUCAACGCUCCCAAUUCUUCCUUUUCUCAUGGCAAAACAGACAUCAUACCCUUCUACUAGACAAACAGUCACUAUACCUGACACUUAUGUUAAUCAACGCUCGAUCUGUACAAAGUAAGAUGACGUACCUACGCACCCUAUUACUUCUAAACAACCCCUCACUUGUUUUGAUAACGGAAAGUUGGCUGUCCUCCGAUACCACAGACACAUAUCUACAAAUAGACACCUAUGAGCUCUUCCGUUGUGAUCGAGUCACCAAGAAGGGUGGUGGUUGUCUCGUUUAUGUAUCAACAAGUUUGAGAGCGGAAAUCUAUAGCGACCAAGUCCUCAGCAAACUUUCUGAAUCGAUAUGGCUUACUGUGCACACUCAUGAGUGUAAAAUACUAAUCGGAUGCAUAUAUCGAGCUCCUAACACUCCUAGUCCAACUGACACUAUUAUAAGUGAGUCAUUGGCUCAGGCUGCCUCGCUUGACUUCACUUACAACAUUGUAUGUGGUGACUUCAACCUUCCCACCAUCAACUGGAAAACACAUUCUGGCCCAUUAUGCUUUGAAAGCAUACUUAGGUCCUUAGGCAUACACGGCUGGCAACAACAUGUACACCUGCCUACACGAAAUCACAACAUUCUUGACUUGAUAUUCUGUCAUAAUGUCACACCAACAUCAAUGGUAGUUGGCGAAAAGUUUCACAACAGCGAUCAUAAAAUAGUCCUCUGCACCCUUCCGAUUCUUGCCAUAUGCAACAAAUUAAAGACAUUAAACACGCGAUUCCAAUAUAGAGACUAUGCAAACGCUGACUGGGAAAACUUUCGAUUUCUAAUAAAGCACUCUGACUGAGGCAGUUUCUUUACCAGUAAUAACCUCUUAGAAACAUUAGAAAUAUUCAAUAUCACCACCAAAUCUGCACUAGACACUACUAUACCCUCUAAAAUUGGUUUUAAAACAGUUACUCCCUAUAUAAACCAAAAGACUAGGUCUAAACUGCGAAAACUGAAAAGGAUGUACUAUGUAUCAAAAGACUUCAGUGCCCUGCACCAGAUAUACUCUGUACUUGACGGAGUACAAAGUCAACACAAUAAGCAUAAACAGGUAGAGGAACGUACUGCACUCGCUGCUGCAUCUAAAGCCCAAGCCCUAUGUCGUCUCACGAAACGCAUAAGAAAGAACACAGAUCACAACAUUCACUCCUUACUGCACGAUGGAGUAACGUAUAAUGACCAAACCGUCAUAUGUGAACUAUUAAGUGAAUGGUUUUCUCACAAUGGGAAUACAUCAGAUGCUCCAGAUAUCGACAUAAAGUGCACCGGCAAAAACUAUCUUAGUACCAUAAACUUCGACAUUAGGAGUAUACAUACCGCCAUUAAAACCCUUAAGCCAAAUGCGAGUUCUGGUGCCGAUGACAUCCCUUCAAUCGUUUAUAAAAUGUCAGGGCCGGACAUACAGACGCUACUACUCAAAAUACACACAUUAUCUUUAGAGACAAGUACAUAUCCGGAAACCUGGAAGGUAACGUAUGUUCUUCCCAAACACAAAUCCGGACCGAGAAACCUGGUUGAAAACUACAGACCUAUAAAUAUCACUCCAGUCAUAUCACGCAUAGUGGAAAGAGUGAUACAAAAUCAACUAUCUGAUCACCUACUCAAGGAAGAUCUAAUAGACCCGUCACAACACGGCUUCAUUAGAACCAGGUCGUGCAGUACAUGCCUGAUAGACUUCUUUAACGAGGUUACUCGUAUACGUGACCAGAAGAAACUAGUUAUUAUACCAUACUUCGAUAUUAGGAAAGCCUUUGAUAAAGUACCUCAUAAUCUUCUAAUCAACAGACUGAAGUCAGUUGGAAUUAUAAAUCCCCUUUUGCAAUGAAUCAAGUCUUUUCUUACGAACAGAUAUCAAAUAACCAAGAUUAACUCUAAUACAUCUACACCUUGACCAAUAACCAGUGGUGUUGUGCAGGGUAGUGUCUUGGGUCCAUUGCUCUUUAUAAUCUACAUCAACAAUAUAUGCAAGUGUUUUAGCAUGGGUAAGACCUACCUCUAUGCCGAUGACUUAAAAGUCAUCUAUAAAACUGACAUUUGCGAUUUACGCAGUACUAUGCAAACAAUCCAACAUGAACUCAACAUGGUAGAUGACUGGUGCAAACGCUGGAGGUUAGAGCUCAACAUAGAGAAAUGCGGCUGGUUAUGUAUAGGAGACACGUCUCUUAAAAUGAAACUAACACUUAGCAAUCACACACUGCCCAGACUGGCAUCAGUAACUGACCUAGGGGUACAUUACUCACACAGUCUUAAUUUCUCUGAACACAUCUCAGCCAAAGCAUCCAAAAUGCGGAAAUUGCUUGGCUUCAUUCUCCGUAAUUUCUAUCAAAAAUAAUCUAAAAUCCUUCUUUACAAAGUUUGUGUAAGACCUAUCGUUGAAUACUGCUCGUUCUUAUUUUCCAACCUACGCCCAUCUGAUAUACUAAAGGUGGAAGGAAUACAACGAGACUUCACCCGCAAAGUACUUAAGACUGACUCGGUCAUUGACUACAGUUCUCGAUGCCAAAUCUUAGGAAUAGCACCCCUUUGGGAGAGAAGGCUUAGGUCUAAUUUGAUUCUCUACUUCAAACUACUUAAAAACCCUACUUAUUCAACAUGUCAGAUAAUUCUUGCCCGAGAUUCACAUGAAUACGGACUUCGAAACAAAGUAUCUACGGUCAAAGUUGAGAAAUACAGAUCAAAAACUCGGGAAAACUUCUUCCUCACCAAGUAUGCAAUAAUAUGGAACAGUCUCCCCUCCGAGACUCGCAUGGCAGAUGAACUACAUACGUUUGUGAAACUGCUUGAUCAAGCCCUCACUCGCACUGAUCUUGCACGUACGAACACAUCUGCGCCCCACCCAGACAUCAUAGGCUCUCUCCAUGUCUAGACCAAAAUGGACUUCAAGUUCAGUUUGCCUUAUUUUUCCUACUUUGCAGUUGUAUUAAUUACUUUUUCCACCCUAUUUCUUCACUUGAAGUAGACAGGUAACUCACUGGACCUAUCAUUACUGUUAAACUAAACUCGGUCGAUAAGGGACACUCACUACCACCCUAAAAAGUCAAGAGGACCGCACAAUCGGCUGCCUACCACCAGUGGUCUUGCAUCUAUGGAACCUGUUACCAACCAACUGGUUAAGACAACAGAAAAUAACAUCAGCACCAAGUUACUGUGAGUUCCUUCCUGUUUAUCCUGUAUUAACUUUUUACUCUUCUGUACACUAUGUUGACUAGCAAUUAAUAUUAUUUCUCCACUCGUUCCCUUAUCCACAACUCAUAUACUUCUAUACUUUUUCCGCCUGCUUAAAUAAACAACUAUCCUACAACAUACCCUUCUUAACGCUUAUACUCUGAUUGGCAAACUAUACUUUAUACUAUAGUCAACAGAGGCACUGCAUCGAUGCUUUACCCACAGUCCAUAGCUUGUAACUGCCUGAUAAGCUUGUAAAAUAGUACUUAUAGAAAUAGUGCUUUCCAACAGGUUGUGAAACAGAGGAUUGUGUGAGGUAUGACGUAUAUACAAAAAUAAGCCUAAAUGAGCCUAACAUCACAAAAGGAGGGAGUGUGGAGUUACUGACCAGCAAGCAUUGAUGGUGAGGGCGAUAACUUCAAUCCACCCGUGUUUGUGGGGACAGAACAUUUUGUAUGUAUCAGGCUCUUUAUAAUUGAGAAUAAGACAGUCAAUCUGAGAUAUAGAUUGUUUUCUUACGCUCACCACUCAGACUCACGUUUCCAAUAUUAUGCUGGAUUAGCUAUUCUACUAAGACAACCUAUAACAUGCUAACUCGGACUUUUACACUAGGAUUGCGUAGCUGACAUCGGAUGGACAAAAAAAGAAGAAAAAAGACAAUAAAAGAUAUAGUCACUAGUAUUCUUAACACUUCACCCUCUAUAUACACACCCUUCUAAUAAACCGCUUCCCUUGUACCAACCUUGACUUCCCUUCCUUCAUGUGAGCUUACUCCAACUUGUUAAACAUCACAACUCAUUGUUCUUUAUUAGUACAUUCUCUAAUAUGGAGCCUCUGACUUCACUUCACUCUAACAAGACAUUAUAUGAAUUUAAUCUACCUCUGUCCGUUCUACUACACAAUGUUAAGCAACCUUUGGCGUUCAUAUCCAAGUGCUUUGCUGUUCUUCUGUUUCUCUUUUUUCUCCUUCAGAAUCUUGCUCUGAGAGCACAGCUAUGAAACUUCGGACGUUUCGAGCAAACUUGACGUACGCAUCCUCUCAAGGUCAUAGUUUACAGCAAGCGCUCUACGAUUUCACUUUAUAACAACUAUAAACUUAAUAAGUUGGGAUGCAUUUUGCGAACCAACAAAUGUUGUAAUUUAUAGAUCAUGCCUGUAAAAACGGUGUGUACCUGCACAUGCAGAAAUAUAUUAUUAUUAUUAUGUCUCAAACAUACUUGGUUUAUAUGCAGACAAACUAGACCGAAUUAUACCAUAAAAUAGGAAAUAAGAAGUAUACAGAACG